AUGUCGAAAAUCCACCCAUGGUUGAUUCUGGCAACUGCCUCACUCUUGCGAAGACCCAAGUCCAUCAUCGUCUUUUCCAUUUUGUCGGUGUUCCUUCUAGCCUAUAAUGCUGUUUAUGACAUCUCGCUACGACCCUUGAACGGCAAAUUGGUGUCGCAUUUCAAUAACUUCACUUUACAUGAUGGUUCCAACUUACAGUCUCCACUGUUCCUAUCUUCGGCUGAUUUUCCCACCGACAACUCGCUUGGUGUUGUGAAGCUUACGUUCGAUGCCCCUAAUACCUUGCGCUACCCAUACUUGUGCGAUUUACUGGCAUUUCAGGCUUCUUUGAAAAACGUCUCCACCUACAUUCUGUCUCCAGUGCUGCUAUGGCCCAUUCCGUUGCCUGUGGCGUCUCCAACUGCGGAUGAUGUCGACAAGCUUGAGAAAUAUGUGUUGAAGUCGCUCAAUCUCGACCAGAACUCCCAGCUCUCCCGCUUGUACUUUGACCGUUUGGGUAAGAAGAACCACUUGAUCCAGCUGGCUGGCAGACUCCACAUGUAUGUGUUCUACAACUCGCUGACCGGUACACCGGACUUUUCUAGCUGCCCUUCCUCGCUCAAUCUUGUGGAAACAGCUCAGGCGACCCUGAACUCGUUGGUUUCCGACUUCAGACACUAUUACCAGUAUUUGCGAGGUGACCUGUUGGGCAUCCGCUUGGUGGCCGAUGCGUGGGUGACCCUUGAGUGGCUCCUUAUGGUGGCGUUGUUGUUGCAUGUCUACCUUUCCAUCUGUAACCAGCACAAGAUCCGCUCUAAUGUAGGGCUCAUGAUUGGCUGGCUCACCGAGAUCUCAAUGUCUGCGUUUGCUUCGCUAUGCAUCAUCUGCUACGUGAAGGGUUCCUCAUCAUGGAGCGAAGUGUUUGGUCCGCUUGGCUGGAGAGGAUUGUCUGCAUACUUUAUGUUGACUAUGGUGCUCAGCUCGAGAAACCUCUUCCGCACCAUCAACGACUUGGCUGGCGACAAUGCAUUCGGUGCUCCAGAGAACAUCCAUAAGAGAUUGAUCAAGUACUACCUCGGCAUCAACAGCAGCGUUCAGAACUCUCAGGGUGUAUACCAGGUGAGCAGAUUGUUGCGUAAGGUGUUCAUGUUGGACCGCAUGUCUACAAGCUUGCUUCCAGUACCUAACACCACAAUAAUUCUUCUCAUAAACGUGGUUGGUAUCUCUGUGAUUUCGUUCUUGAUCCGUCUGCUUGUUCACUUUUUCUUGACCGAGUCCCAUGCGGCAUUUUUUUCCUCCAGUCUGAACACCUUUUUGGUGGCCACCAUUCUUGCCUUGGUGCUAGACCACCUUCUCCAGUUGACCUUCCUCGUGGGAAUAAUCGUCAUUGAUUUGAAUAGAGUGGACCUCAUCGACUUUUUGAACAAGAGUUCUACAGAUAACGCCAGCGACGUCACCUCCUCUAUUCAUGAGGUCAACCCCAUCUCCACCUUCUUACUUGGGCUCAAGGGAACGCCUGUAGCUCCCAACACGUUCAGAUACCGUCUAGGCACUUACUGUUUGAAAGUCUCGUCUGUGUCUACCUGGAGAUUCUGGACAAUUUGGAUGCCUCCACUUCUCGUUUCUCCUGCCAUUUUCAAGAUUCUACUUCUCAAGUUGGCUAUUCCAGAAGGUUUGGUUGCCGACCCAACCCAUAUCGUAUCUUUGGAACCUGACGGACUCGUCAGUCAGACCUACGAUUUCCUAUUCUACUCCGAACUUCUUACUAUUGUCGUUUUCGUCAUCGCCAUCUCUCAGUUAACGUUCACUCUUACUUAUUCUAAGAGACAGAGAAAGCAGGUCGAUCUGGACGAAAUCACUGCAUUGAUCAUGGCGGACUCGGGUCUCACGAAUGCAGAGUUGUUGAAGGGUGAUGAGAUCAAGUAUUUUGAGUCGAUUACAUUGGCUGGAUCUCACGGAAGUGAUAUUCUCAAGCUUGAGUCCAAUGCUAAGUGCUCGUUUUUGGUAUCCACUGACCUUGACCACAAAGUACUUAUCUGGUCGCCCUUGAGCAAGACCGAACGAGACACACCAUUGAACAUUUCAACCUUCUUUGAAUCUGCUGAUGGAAACGCUGAGAAGCCAGAGUUCUGGCCCAUCAAUCACAUCGUUAUCAGCGAUGAUGGAAAUUACGUUGUUCUCAUAAACAACAAGAAUUGCCGAAUCAAGUGUUUUGAUCGGAAAUCCUUGACUUAUGUCUGGGAAAUUUCCUUAACCAGCGAGCUCACACUGUCCAAGAAGAUGCAUCCAGUUACUGCUUUCUUCAGAAAAAGAACGGUGGCUGGUUUCCUUGCAAGAAAGCUUCUUCUGAAGAAGAAGGCUCGCAGAAGAAACAGCGCCACUUCUAUUUUGUCUGCAACGACCAUGACAGGAAACUACCCUCCUCCUAUGAUCUCUGAGGGCAGAGCCGGUAAAGAAGAGAAUGAAGAGAGGGCUAAGGAGAUCGAGGAUUCUUUGCAUCGGGAAGAAUUUGUUAUCGUUCUUGAGUCUGGUGAAAUGGUCACUAUUGCGUGCGACGAUCUCAAAAUCAAGGUCUACAAUCCGCUUACUCAGCUCUUUGAGGGCCAAAAAGAAUUACUGGGGCUCAAGAUUAUCUCGCUGAAGUUGUUGAAAACUGCAAGAGUUAAUGACAGAAUUGUUUGCAACCUUUCCAACGAUGACAUUAUUGUUGGAACUGCUGUCAAUAAUAUCUGGAGAUUUAACAAGCUCGAGAUCGAUGUGUUCUUUUCCUCCCAGCCACCCGUCAACUUUGCUCCUCCAUUGAUGUCAAGAACUGGCUCAGCCAUUAGCAUGAGAAAUGAUUUCUCAGGAGCAUUUGAAUUGCAGAGACAAAACUACCAUGACAGGCCAGACAACAAUAGCAACAUCUUUUUUGACGCCAAAAAGUAUCCACCUAUCAAUCAGUCGGCCAUUAUUACCAUUGAUUUUGUUGGAAUGGUUGUUCGAGUGAAGGAUUUGCAAGCACAACUUGUAGAUAUUCAGACUGGCACUAUCAUUAAGGUGUUUGAUAUUGGUCAUUUCAAGCCUGGCACAUUCCGUGUUGUUCAUUCGGAGCCUACUCAUUGCAAGUUCUGUGGUUGUGCAUCGGUUGAGUCUAUAACUUUGGUAUAUCAAGAUUUCUACGAAAAGAUGCUUAUCUUGCAAACUUUUACUGUGGAGAACAAAAAAUCCAGAAAUAACAUUUGCUUGAGAGUGGAGAGAGAUCCCAGGGAAAUCAGAUGUGUUGGUUUUGACUCCGUGAUUGAAAAGAACUUCUGGUAUGACAAUGUCGAGAUGUGGGAGGUUACCGAUAUGAAUGUCAUUGUUGGUAUUCGUAAGAACGAUUUGCCAAGCGAGGACGUUACUGAACCAGUUGCCAACUCGGCUUUCUCAAUGUUGCCUGAGAAUGGAUUCUCUUCUUUGAGAUCCAGAAAACACAAUACGCAGCCUUCUCAAGUGGAGCAGCCUUCCAUCAAUGAACUUUGGCAAGGAUUUGUCAUCACGGCUCAAAACGGAAAGCUCUUAGAAUACAAUGUUCCCGAAGUUGCCAAAGAAGAGUCUGAGUUUGCAUGCACUCGUCCAAACUGUAUUGUCAAGUACGGUUACAAAUCUGUCGCCAUUGCCUUUGGACGCAUCAUCAAGAUCAUCUUCCUUGGUGGAGAGAAGCUCAUUGAGAAUGACUUGUAUUAUUCCGGAACUACUAGUACAUUGAAUGGAAUUUUGAAGCCUAGUAAGGAUGGCGUGGCUACAAGUAACGAGUUGCUUUUCAUUAAUAAGCGUCGUCGGAUGUUAGAGAAGAAGAUCAAAUCUUAG